AUGGCGUGCCCAGGCGCGGCGCCGCUGGCCAGCGCCCUGGUGGUGGCGGCCGUGUGCCUCUUGGGCGCGGCCCGCUCCGACCCCGAAGCCUCCUGGAAGAGACAGAGACAGGCCCGGGCGCCGGGCUCCCUCGACGGGGAGCGCUGCUGGCUCCGCAGGGCGCGAUCGACGGGCGCGCCUCCGCAGCACCCCUACGCCAGCUACCCGCGUCCGGCCGUGGGAGCGGGGGCAGGCCAGGGCCCGACGCCCCUGCUGCCCGGGCGCUCUCGGCGCUCGGACGGUAGCAGCGUGGAAGACACGUGGGAAGAGAGCAACGCCUUCCCGCGGCGCCAGCGCGCCAGGGCCGGCCUUUACGCCCAGGCGCCGGGGCCUGCGCUCGGCUCCGUGGCCGCCCUCUACUUCUCCGGCGGGCGGGAGCAGCUGCUCUUGCGCCCAGGAGUCUUAGCGGAGCUGCCCCGCGAGGAAUUCACCGUCGAGGCGUGGGUGAAGCCCGAGGGGGGCCAGAGCAACCCAGCCAUCAUCGCAGGUGUGUUUGACAAUUGCUCCCAUCUUGCCAGUGACAAGGGUUGGUCUCUGGGCAUCCAUUCACAGGAAAAGCUUGGGAGGAAAGAUGCCCGCUUCUUCUUCUCACUCCGAACAGACCGUGUAAAGAGAUCCUCUUUCAUAUUGGCUCACCGCCGCUACCAGCUCAAUACCUGGACCCACCUUGCUGCCACCUACAAUGGGCACCAGAUGCUGCUGUACCUCAACGGGAAGCGGGUUGCUCGGAGUUCCCAGCAGUCUGGUGCUCUGCACAGCCCCUUCAUGGCCUCUUGUCGCACUUUAAUGCUGGGUGGUGACAACUCAGUGGAUGGGCACAAUUUUCGCGGGCACUUGGCACUGCUAGUAGUCUGGAGCAUUGCUCUACCCCAAGAGAAGCUUCAGCGAGCCUUCUUGAGAAAGAUUGAUGAUAGGGAAUCAGCCAUGUUGCUCGGUGCAAGGUUCAGCCGCUUGGAGCAGCAGUGGAUGACAUUUAAGGAUGCGGUCUACCCGCUGGUGGAAUCCUUUCAUGCCCCAGAACCUCAAGUUCUGUCCCUGCUUAUGCCCCCUGCUUGCGGGCAGACUGCAUGUGAUAAUGUGGAGUUGAUCUCCCACUACAACAGCCACUGGCCACUGAGGAAUGAAAAAGUGGUGCGUUAUCGUGUGGUCAACAUCUAUGAUGACAAUGGAUUGCAUCCUACUGUUACUCGGGAGCAGAUUGCUCAUCAGCACCGGGCACUGAGUGAGGCCUUUGGUCCUUACAACAUCACUUGGCAGCUGAACAUUCAUGAGGUGUACAAUUCCUCACUCCGCUACCGAGCAGUCCUAGUAAACUGUGAGCCUGGCAAGAUUGGCAAUGAGUACUGUGACCCGGAGUGCGAGCAUGUGCUGACCGGCUACGAUGGGGGGGAUUGCCGUCGGCUGGCACGCUGCUAUGCCUGGGAGCGCAGAGAUGGUGUUUGCAAUAUGGAGUGCAACAAUAUGCUGAAUGACUUUGAUGAUGGAGACUGCUGCAACCCCCGGGUGACCAAUGUAAGGAAGACUUGCUUCGACCCGGAUUCUCCGCACAGGGCAUACAUGAGUGUGAAGGAGCUCAAGGAGAUUCUACAGCUGAACAGCACUCACUUCCUCAAUGUCUACUUUGCCAGCUCUGUUCGGGAAGAGCUGGCAGGUGCUGCCACCUGGCCCUGGGACAAGGAUGCCCUCAGCCACCUGGGAGGAGUGGUCCUCAAUCCAACCUACUAUGGUAUACCAGGUCAUAUAAACACCAUGAUCCAUGAAGUAGGACAUGUCCUUGGACUCUACCAUGUCUUUAAGGGGGUGAAUGAAAGGGAAUCCUGUGACGACCCAUGCAGUGAGACAACACCAUCUAUGGAGACUGGAGACCUUUGUGCAGACACAGCUCCCACUCCCAAAAGCAAACUCUGUCGAGACCCAGAUCCUACCAAUGACACCUGUGGCCAGAUCCACUUCUCUGGAACUCCAUUCAACAAUUACAUGAGCUAUACAGAUGAUGAUUGCACAGACAGUUUCACCCCAAACCAAGUGGCUCGGAUGCAUUGCUAUCUGGAUUUGGUGUACCAGCAGUGGAGUCAGGGCAGAAAACCCACCCCUAUCCCUAUGCCACCAAUCGUCAUUGGGCAGAACCAGGACUCCCUCACCAUACACUGGUCUCCCCCUAUUAGUGGAGUGCUUUAUGAAAGGGAAUCGGGAAAUCUUUGUGGAGACUGUGCUGAAGAUGGGACAUUUAGCCAGUAUGUAUAUGAGGCCUCCUCCCCUCGUAUCUGCGAUUCCUCUGGCUACUGGACUCCAGAGGAAGCAGUAGGGCCUCCAGAUGUGGAUCAGCCCUGUGAACCCAGCUUGCAGGCCUGGAGCCCCGAGUUCAACCUCUUCAACGUGAGCAUGACCACCCCUUGCCCCCAGCCACUUGGCUGCAUUUUGGAGCUGCGUUUCCUGCAUCCCAUCUAUCCAGACUCUCUAAUGGUUUGGACUACCUACUUCUCUACGGACUCCCCUAGGGCACUAUCAGACAUUGAGAUCCUAACGGAGCAGGGAGACACUGUACACCUGGGACCCAUGGACACGUACUGUGACAUCCCUCUCACAGUCAAACUCAGUCUCAACAAGAAGGUGUUGGGGGUAAAGAUCUACACAUUUGAUGAGCAGAUGGAGAUUGAUGCUGCCCUCCUGAUUUCCACACCCCAGAGUCCGCUUUGUUCCAACUGCAAGCCAGUGAGGUAUAGAGUUCUCCGGGACCCGCCAUUUCUCGAUGGCUCCCCAGCAAUGGUGACGCAGCCAGGCCGAAAGUUUAUUGACAUGGAAGUUACAGCAGGCCAAUUGUAUCGGUACCAGGUACAAGCUGUGGCAGGGGCAGCUGUAGGAGAAGCCUCCCCUCCUCUGAUCCACAUCCACGGCUCUUCCUAUUGUGGAGAUGGAAAAGUAAGCAUGAUUCUUGAAGAAGAGUGUGACGAUGGAGACCAACUAAAUGGGGAUGGUUGCUCUAGAACCUGUAAAAAAGAACAAGGAUUUCACUGUGUUGGUGAACCAAGCCUGUGUUAUGUCCAUGAAGGCGAUGGCCUUUGUGAACCAUUCGAGAUCACCAACAACAUUGAGGACUGUGGACUCUACACUCCCAAGGAGUACAUGGAUCAGUGGGCCUCAGAGGCCUAUACUUCCCAUCAGGACCAAAAAGCCUGCCCAGUUUCCCUGGUGACUGGAGAACCUCUUGUGAGGGUGUGCAAGCCUAAUCUUCAAGACACACUGAAGCAUCAGCCUCUCAUGGCCUGGUUCCCUUGCACCAGCCAUGAUGUCCUGCAAGAUAUCGAGAACGAGAAAAUGCUCUCGGAUGACAGGAUUUGGCUGAAAGUGUGCUUCAACAGACCCAGCACGGCUACCUCAUUGUUUGUUUUUCUGGCUUCCGAUGGCACUUUGGCUGGGGACCAGCCCAAACCUACUGUAACGGUUCACCUGGGUGAUAUCAGCGGCCGCAGCCACUUUCUUGCAACAUAUGAGCUAUCGUGUCAGCAGAAUCCGCUGGUUAUCAACAUAACUGACAGCCUUGCAGUUCACCAGAUCAAGUCAGCUAUGUUCAACUUUUCCUCUCUUUUUGUGGGCAUCUCUGCGGUGGCCCUGCGGACACGUUCUCCCUUAAGCCCUUCCACUCCCAGCAACUGCCUCCCGGAAAAUGAGGGACGUGGCCAUGAGAAACACAGUUGUACACCAAAUACUUGCAGAGAGCAAAGCAGCUGUAUGCUCCCAUUUAUCCAUCAUUCUGCUGCAGUUAACUGCUCUUCCAGAAACCAGGGGCUCACACAGUGUUCUGUUACUUGUGAAAAGGGGUACGUCCUCCAUGCCAGCCAAGGACAGAUGCUGCGCCCAGGACAGAAAGAAAUUUUGCUGACUUGCAAUUCUGGGCGGUGGGACAGAUCUGUGACUUGUGACCCCAUUGACUGCCAGGUUCCUGACCAGUCACAUGUGCUUUAUGCAGAGUUCUCCUGCCCUAAAGGGACCACCUAUCAGAAGCAAUGCUUCUUCUCCUGCAUCAAGCCAGCUAAGCUUCAAGGAAUGAGUCAGCGGCUGACUUGCCUGGAGGAUGGCCUCUGGUCACUCCCAGAAGCUUACUGCAAGUUAGAGUGUGACACUCCACACCCUGUCGCCAAUGCGAAGCUGCUGCUGCCCCGAUGCCUGCAAGGAAAUCAUGAUGUUGGUUCCGUUUGCCGUUACAAAUGUAAGCCUGGAUACCACGUGGCAGAAACCACCGAGGGAAAAUCCAGGAAAAAGUUCCUGAAUAUUCAGUGUCUGGAAAGUGGUUUCUGGGAGGAAGGCAGCUGUGUCCCUGUGCUAUGCAAGCCACCCCCACCGGUCUUCGAAGGAAUGUACAAUUGCACCAACGGCUUUCAGCUAGACAGUCAAUGUGUACUUAGCUGCAGCCCACAGAAUAAGAGGGUUCCUAUCCUUUGCACUAAAGAUGGUUUAUGGACAGAUGAAUUUAAAUUGUGUGAAGAUCUGCAAGGGGAAUGUUCACCACCUCAAGAACUGAAUUCAGUGGAGUAUAAGUGUGACCAAGGUUACGGAAUUGGUGCUGUGUGUGCGCCUUCCUGUCUAAUUCCUCUAAGAGAUCCUGUAACACUGCCUGAAAAUGUCACUGUUGACAGCAUGGAUCACAGAUUGCAGCCAAUCCGAAUCCAGAAUAUUGUGUGCACUGGAAAAUUAGAAUGGCAUCCAGAUCCAAAAGCCAUUCAUUGCAUUGAUUCCUGUGAGCCUUUCCUAGCUGAUGGCUGGUGUGACACUAUUAACAACCGAGCCUAUUGUCGGUAUGAUGGGGGUGACUGCUGCUCGUCCACAGUGUCCUCCAGGAAGGUGGUUCCGUUUCCUGACGACUGUGACCAGGACGAAUGCAGCUGCCGGGACCCAGCGGCAGAAGAGAAUCAAUAA